AUAUCUAUGAAGAUCCUUCUAACCCCCUUACAUGGCCAAAAUUAUUAAUGACUGAUGGUGAUGCUUCAUUCCGAGACGCAUUUUCACAGGGAAUGCAACAAUAUAAUGUUCCAAUACGUGUUGUCGAUCUUUAUAGUUUUGAAAGCUUGGCUUUUAUUAAAGCAUAUAAGAAAAGAAUAGCAGAAUUAACAUAUAAGGUCCAAUAUGCUAUAGAGGGACGAUUAACUGAUGGGGAGCGAUCAAGAAUAUUUAAGAGAAUCCUUAAGAAGUAUAUUGAUUAUCUGAAUAAUAGUAAGACUUGCCUUAUUGGGAUGUCACCAGCUCGUGCUAUGACUUUAGAAGAAGUUGAAUCAAAGUCUUCUAAAAAACCUAAGCAUGCAAUAGGAAAAUAUGAGGAGAUAAAAUUACAAAAAGGCACAGCGGUUAGAUAUCUAUUAAAAGCAGGCGAGUUGGAAGGAGACCAUAGACGUAGAGCGACCGAUCCAUAUUGGAGCUUGCGUGUCUUCAAGAUUAAAAGAGUCAUCAUUGGAAGAAAUCCACCACAACCAGUCUUAUAUUAUCUCGAGAAUAAACCUAUCGAAUCUACUUCUCAUUUGAUAGGACGAAACCCCAAAAGACCCUUUAAAUAUGAGGAACUUCAAGAAAUUGAAGAACCUGAUAAGAUUGAAUACCCACCCGAUGAAUUUAUGCGAAAAUAUCAUCAUACUGGAUUUGAUCUACUAGGCAAGAAAUUUCUAUCAUGUAGGCCGAAUUUUUUGCAUGGAAUGCAACUUGAUGGAUAUAACGAAGAGUUGCGACUAGGAUUCGAAUUUCAUGGCAAGCAACACUAUAGUCUUAAUUCAAUGUUUCAUAGGAGAGGCCAGAUAGAUUUGGAUGAACAGAAAAUACGCGAUCAGAAGAAGCGGGAUAUAUGUAAAAAAGAAG